GCAAAGCAAUGACGUGUCUGUCUGUAUUUCAGUGGUUGGGCGGUGAUGGGUCUUCCUCUUAGAAAGCUGAGUUUGCUUCAGGUUAGCUCGACCAGGUGAAGACAAAAUGAUACGCGUAAUUGGAGCAGUUUUGGCUCUUUGUCUGAGUCUCUGUGCUGCUGAGACCUGCACAGACCCGGUCAUCUCCACCUCAUCAUACACAACAGCUGAUGCGGUCAUCUCCUCUGAGACGGUCUUCAUUGUUGAGCUGAGCCUGGCCUGUGGAAAUGGAGCCCAGAGCGUUGCCCUUUAUGCAGAUGUCAAUGGCAAGCAGUUUCCUGUGACCAGAGGCCAGGAUGUUGGAAAAUAUCAGGUUUCCUGGAGCAUUGCCCACAAACAGGCCAGCUCUGGCACAUAUCAAGUGAAGUUCUUUGAUGAGGAGUCCUACAGCGCCCUGCGCAAGGCACAAAGAAAUAAUGAAGAUGUUGAAGCCAUUAAACCCCUGUUUACUGUUAACGUAGAUCACAGGGGUGCAUGGAGUGGUCCUUGGGUGUCCACUGAGGUCUUGGCUGCUGUCAUUGGCAUUAUUUUGUACUACCUGGCCUACAGCACUAAAAGCUCAAUUCAGGCAUAAGAACCUCAAGUGCUAAAUAGACAGAGAAGCAACAUGUGCUGUACUUCUUUACAGGUUUAUAUUGCCAGUACUUCUAAUUGAACGGAGUACUCACAGUGCAGUGAGCAGUUUGCUCAAGCCUGAUGGCCAGUGUUACGGCUAUUAUUAGAUUUGCUACGGUGCUGAUAAUGUGUGGUCACAUUCUGGUGUUUGAAAUGUCUGCAUAUCAAUGAAAUUCAUUGAAUAAAAUAAACAUUUUUACCUUGACUGAG